AUGGUUAAUGCCUUGCUGGAUGAUGCCAGCACGCAUACUUACAUCAACGAGGAUGUAGCAGCAGAACUUGGUGUUCAAGGUCAGACACAGCAAGUGUCAGUCAAUGUCCUCAAUGACAAACAGGAAAUAUUUGAUAGUAUGCUAAUUGAUAUCGGCUUAGAAAGUACUGAUGGUUCAGUUGACAUGAACAUCACAGCUUUGACAACUACCAAGAAUGAUCUAUUCGAGAUCUUGCUGCGGUUUCGCAAACAUCCUGUUGCAAUCAUUUGCGAUAUUGCUGAAAAGUACCUUCAAAUUGAAGUCGCUCAGGAUGACCGUCCAUAUCUAAGGUUUCUUUGGAGGUCAAUGGAUCUGAACAAAAAGCCAGAUGUGUUUGAGUUCUCAAAGGUUGUAUUUGGACUAAAUUGUUCCCCCUUUUUAGCUCAGUUUAUCACUCAGGAACAUGCUAAGUCCAUGGAGAAAGAACUUCCAUUGGCUGCAGCAACCGUGGAAAAGUCAACAUAUAUGGAUGACAAUAUGGAUUCCGUUGACACAAAUAGUAAAGCUAUAGAGCUUUACAAACAGCUGCAACAGCUGUGGAGUACAGCAGGUAUGCACGCUCGUAAGUGGGUUUCCAAUUCCGUUCAAGUUCUCCAAGAAAUACCAGAAGAGGAUAGAUUGAAAGAGAUUAAUAUUCAAAUGAGUGAAUUGCCAUCUGUAAAAGCACUGGGCUUACUGUGGAAUGCAGAAUCAGAUGAGUUUAGGUUUUCUUUCAUGUCCUUAAAGCAGGAUAUCAAGAUGACUAAGAGGAACUUCUUGAAAGAAACUGCUAAGCUGUUUGAUCCUCUUGGGUUCUUAGGUCCAUUCAUCAUUAGGGCAAGGGUUCUUCUGCAAGAAAUGUGGAUAUCCGGUGUUAACUGGGAUGAAACCCUCAGUCCAGGUCUGGAACAAAAAGCAUGGUCAUGGUACCUUGAAAUUGAAAAGUUGUGUUCUGUUAAAAUUCCAAGGGGGCUUGAGGUUAGCUUAGAUACUUCAAAGAUGAAGUUGCACACAUUUGUAGAUGCUUCAGAGGCAGCAUUUGGAGCUGUGGUAUAUUUAGUAACCACUCGUGAAGAUGACACAAAGUCGAGUUAUCUAGUUGCUUCAAAGUGCCAUGUUGCUCCCCUCAAGGCAGUUAGUAUGCCUCGAUUGGAGCUGCUUGCGGCAGUUCUGGGUGUACGACUGUUACUGGCUAUAACAAAGGCAUUAGAAUUACCUUUGCAGCGUGCAACGCUAUGGUCAGACAGCCAGAACGUACUGUGGUGGAUCAAAAGACAGAGUCGGUGUUUUAAGCCAUUUGUAGCAAAUAGGAUUGGAUACAUACAGGAGCAUACAAACAUCAGUCAGUGGAAAUACGUACCAUCCAAACUGAAUGCUGCAGACAUUCUUAGUAGAGGUGUAGAUGCUGAAGCACUUUUGACAGAGAAAUGGCUGAAUGGACCUGAAUUUGUGACACAUGAUGAAACCGAAUGGCCGAAGCAGACCAUUGACAUGGACAAUACUGAGACAUCAGAACUGAAGAAGCCUUCUUCUCAACUAGAGAGGAAAUUCGUCAGUGGGAAAGAGAAUGUUCUUUGUGUAGACGACAAAAAGCCAAACCAGCGCAUCAGAUAA